GAUGCUUUGCGUAUAUGUCGUUCUUUGGUAGAUGCUGGUGUGUGUAGACACACUUUGCUUUUGUCGUUCCGUUGUACCAGUUUGAUUUUUAAGGUACAGUUGCUCAUAUUGAUGAAUGUUUAAUAUGGCGUCGACAAGCGCUGCAUUAGUACUUGUUCUGGCCCUGUCGGCUUUGUCGUAUUCUCAAACUCCCACCGAGACGGCUGCAAAAGAAUUCAGGGAAUCUUUUCGCAGAGUUCUUGAUAUGAAAGUACAGGAAUACAAGCGAGACCUGUCAAAAGCAAUGAGAAGUCGUAUGAGAUACAAGCGUAAUCUUGACGACCAAUUAUCGACGACCCAAUGGAUCAUUGUUGAAAACGAUUCUGAUGAUCCAUACAUCGAGGGCAUAUUGAAGUUCUUCAGUCUCAAAGGGAGUUAUUAUUUUCUUGAUCUGUAUGGCUAUGCUUCUAUAUCACCGAUUACUGUGAGUGAAAAUGGCAAUGUCCAUAUAGAUGAUGAACUUGCAGCCUACGACAUGUCCUUUCCAAGCGAUGUUGACAUUAUACCAUACAACGAUACCGCAGUCUUUCUGUUAACAGCAAAUUAUAGAUUCCAGACAGUGGCUAGUGAGCUUACAUACACAGGUCUGUCAACAGUGCAUUUAUGGGAGGGUAAAGCAAUAGCACCUGAACUUCUUUUCUCCUUUUUGACAAAUGGCGCAUCGGCUGUCGAUUCCAUCACGUUCCACGACACGUUGAUAUUCGGAGUGGCAAACAUGCGUUCGGAUCUGAAUGUAAAAUACAGAAAUGAUAUAAGAAUAUACGAAUGGAAAGACAGUUACUUUGACGAAAUUCUAAUUUAUGAAACUCAUGGUGCCAGUGACUUGGAAUUUUUCAAAAUUGGUGAAGAACUAUACCUCGCUGUGACGCAGUUUAUAGAUGAUGAGUUUAACUACGCUGUUGGCAGUAAAAUUCUCAAGAUAGAUCUGUACGCCCCAGCUAUUUCCCUUAUUCAGAUUAUUCCAACUACGGCCCCAAGAAGUGUGACUAUGUACAAGUUGGAUCAUGACGUUUUCCUCGCUUUCACCAACAACAUAGUCGAAAACAGCGAGAUUCAAAAUGAAGUAACCGACUCUGUAGUUUAUUGGUGGACUGGUGAACUUUUUUUGGAAUAUCAACGAAUACAGACCUCAGGUGCCAAAGACAUAAAAUACACACACCUAUUGAAUGGAGACGACCUAUUACUUGUAGCUAACGUUGAUCCAUCAUUAGGUGUGGUUAUUUACGAAUGUGAUGACGAAGGAGACUGGGCUAUAUCUGAACAGCAAUUUCCUCAGUGGAACAACAAUUCUCAAUUGGGACCGAUAGUAGAUGAAAUGUCUGUUUUUGAAUUGGAUGGGAACGCCUAUGCCUCGUUUACGUACAAGCCAAACUCUACACAUACUUCAGGCUUUACUAAUUUCUACCAAUUCAGCUUUGUGAACAAGAGUGAAGAUAUCACUUAUGCAACACACCCAAUACUGAGCAGUAUACCGGAACUUAAAGACUCCAUAACCGAGAAUAUUGAGCGCUUGGGUGAAUUAUUUCAGGAGCUGAAGAAAAAAGUCAGGUUAUCCGAAAAUGAAACAAUUUACAGCGAUGUGAGGUUCAAUGCAAAUAUUACAUUUGAAAACAAACUUUAUGUCGAAAACUUUACUGCGGAUUAUUAUGAGCUUGAGUCGUUGGUACAAUUGAGGAAGAAACUGGACCAACAUGGAACAAAAAUACAAUAUAUUGAAGACGUUAUCUCGGACUUCGUUUCAUUAUCGACAGAGGAUCAAUAUGUUACUGAUGACUACCUACUUACAACUAAUACGAGUCAAGUGCAUACAGGCAAUUUGACAUUUGAUGACAAUGUAUAUGUGGACAGUAACCUUUCAUUGAAUGGCACGGUAAAUGGAAUCUAUAUUCCAAACAGCCUAGUUUUAUCUUCGAUUGAAAACCUGCACAUCACCGGGAACAAGUCAUUUUGGGGGAAUGUAACAGUUCUUGGAGAUAUUAAGAUAGCAUCCAAUAUAACCAUGAAUGAGAUUGAGCUUUUGGAAUUUAUAAACUCGGUGUACUUAACAACGGAUGACAUAGAAUUGUAUGAUAAUGUUCAUUUUCAAGAGGAAGUCAGUUUUCAGAAUUUGACCAUCCUAAAUGAGUAUAUAGAUACAACAAACAUCUCAAAAUUCAGACAGAUUGUGAAAACAUACGGCGAAGUCAUUAUAGGAGCAACUCAAAAUCUCCUAAAUACGAUUCAAGUUGAUGGGGAUAUUUUUUUGUCAAACAAAUUGAAUGGCAUUGAUAUUUCGGAAGAUUUAGUUCUGACAACUGGAGACCAAGUAGUUUACAGUAAUAUCUUUAUAAAAAAUGAUGUGAUAUUCAAAGGCAAUGUUACAGUAAAUGAAACAUUAAACAAUGUUCGCCCGGAACACUUCCUCCUCCUUGAUGAAGACCAGGAAAUCACAGGAACCAUAAACUUUGCCAACGGGUUUUAUGUGGACGGCGAUAUCACCUUGGCUAAUGGAAGUACAAUCAAUGGUAUAGAUUUGGGCGAGCUGUACAAGAGAGUAGUAAUGAUUGAUGAAAAUGCAGAAAUCACAGCGAAGAAGUAUUUUGUCGACACCCUCACAUUUAGUAGUUCUCUAACAGUCGAGGGGCUUAUCAAUGGCGUCAACAUAACAACUUUGAACGAAGAGGCACUGUACGUUACUGAUAACAUAACUUUCACGUCAGAUGUCAACUUUAAGGGCGACAUCCACGUGCUCGGUGGCGUAAGUUUAGAGGGAACCAUUGAUAAUCGAAGACUGGAGGACUUCGUAGCGCUCAAAACUCCGCAAAAUAUUACCGGGAUUAUGUCUUUCAAUGAUUCAGUGCAUAUAAAUGGUAGCUUGACUUUUGACGAUGGCAUCACUAUCGAUGAGGUCGAUCUCUCUGAAUUCUCUGCUAAUGUUUUAAAAAACAAUGGUAACCAGACAUUAUUUGGAAAUUUAGAAAUCAUCGGAAACGUAACGGUUAACAAUAAUAUGCACGUUAAUGGUACUGUUAAUGGGUUUGAUAUCUCCGAAGAUUUUGUAACGUUGCAUGGUGAACAAAUUUUGUAUG